AUGACCGACGCAUCUGCCGCCGCGGCCUUGCUCCCUUCAGCGGCGGCCGGUGACGCCAAGAUGGCGCCAUGGGAGGCAGGUUCUGCCGUCGACGGCGUCGAGGGAGGAGAGGCGAGUGCUGCCAGGAGGGGAGCGAAACAGGAGGCGGAAGUCACCGCAUUAUCGCUCAAGAUGCCACCACUGAUUGGACUGCCCCCCAUGCAGACGGUCGUCUCCCACCCACCCGCCGAGCCUGGCUGGCCAACCGAACCGAGCACCGGCCUGCCUGCCCCUCAGCUCGCUUCUCCCUCCUGCAUCAGCCGCGACGACCCCGCCCCCGCCUUCAUAUUCCCUCCGUCGUCCUGCCACAUUCCUCCUCGUCCUCUCUCUCUUCUCUCCUCUCCUCAUACCACCUCCUCCCCCCGUCUUCCCUCGUCCCAUCUUCCCUCGCCCGUCGUCCCUCGCCCGUCUUCCCUCGCCCUACGUUCACGACAAGAGAACGGCUCGUUCUUCGAUAGACAUCCUCCGAUCCUCUCGAGCAGCAGCGUCCCCGAGAGUCCACAGACCAGACUACCCGCCAAGAUGGUCCAGUCCGCCGUGCUCGGUUUCCCCCGCAUGGGAGUCAACCGUGACCUGAAAAAGGCCACGGAGGCUUACUGGGGUGGCAAGAUGUCGCAGGCUGACCUGCUCACCGAGGCGAAGCGUCUCCGCCUUGCCCACUGGAAGAUUCAGAAAGACGCCGGCGUCGACGUCAUCCCCAGCAACGACUUUGCCCUCUACGACCAGGUCCUCUGCCACAUCCAGGACUUUGGAGCCGUUCCUGAGCGGUAUACCAAGGAUGGCCUGAACCCCAUCGACGAGUACUUCGCCAUGGGUCGUGGCCACCAAAAGGGCGGCGUCGACGUGCCCAGCUUGGAGAUGGUCAAGUGGUUCGACUCCAACUACCACUACGUCAAGCCCACCUUCCAGGACAACCAGACCUUCAAGCUCGUCGGCAGCCCCAAGGCCGUCGUCGAGUUCAACGAGGCCAAGAGCGCCGGCAUCCACACGCGUCCCGUCCUCGUCGGCCCCGUGAGCUUCCUCCACCUCGGCAAGGCCGAUCGCGGCCAAAAGGUCGACCCCAUCGACCUGCUCGACAAGCUCCUGCCCGUCUACGAGCAGCUCCUCGUCAAGCUCAAGGAGGCCGGCGCCGACACCGUCCAGGUCGACGAGCCCGUCCUCGUCUUCGACCUGCCCGCAAAGACAAAGGCCGCCUUCAAGCCGGCCUACGAGCGGCUCGCCGCCCUCGGCGACAAGAUCCCCAAGAUCGUCUUCGCCACCUACUUUGGCGACAUCGUCCACAACAUGGACCUCGUCCCCAAGAACCUGCACGGCCUCCACGUCGACCUCGUCCGCAACCCCGAGCAGCUCGCCACCGUCCUCGGCGCCCUCGGCCCCAAGACGAUCCUCUCGGCCGGCGUCGUCGACGGCCGCAACAUCUGGAAGACCAACCUCAAGCGCGCCAUCGAGACGGUCGAGUCGGCCGUCCAGAAGCUCGGCAAGGACCGCGUCAUGGUCGCCACCUCGAGCUCCCUCCUCCACACGCCCCACACCCUCGCGAGCGAGAAGAAGCUCGACGCCGAGGUGGCCGACUGGUUCUCCUUUGCCUGCGAAAAGGCCGUCGAGGUGGCCGUCAUCGCCAAGGCCGUCACCGACGGCCCCGCCGCCGUCCGCGACCAGCUCGAGGCCAACGCCAAGUCGAUGCAGGCGCGCGCCACGUCGACGCGCACCAACAACCCCAAGGUCAAGGAGCGCCAGGCCAAGGUGACGGAGCAGGACCACAAGCGAAAGUCGGAGUUCACCACGCGCAUCGGCGCCCAGCAGAAGAAGCUCAAUCUCCCCCUCUUCCCCACGACGACCAUCGGCUCCUUCCCCCAGACGUCGGAGAUUCGCAUCCAGCGAAACAAGCUCACCAAGGGCGAGAUCGCCACGGCCGACUACGACAAGUUCAUCGAGAAGGAGAUCCAGGACAACGUCAAGAUGCAGGAGGAGCUCGGCCUCGACGUCUUCGUCCACGGCGAGCCCGAGCGCAACGACAUGGUGCAGUACUUUGGCGAGCGCCUCGACGGCUACGCCUUCACCACGCACGCUUGGGUCCAGAGCUACGGCUCCCGCUGCGUCCGCCCCCCCAUCAUCGUCGGCGACAUCAGCCGCCCCGCGCCCAUGACGGUCAAGGAGUCCAAGUACGCCGUGUCGGUGUCGAGCAAGCCCAUGAAGGGCAUGCUGACGGGCCCCGUCACCUGCCUCCGCUGGUCCUUCCCCCGCGACGACGUCCACCAGUCGGUCCAGGCCCAGCAGCUCGCCCUCGCCCUGCGCGACGAGGUCGUCGACCUCGAAAAGGCCGGCAUCGACGUCAUCCAGGUCGACGAGCCGGCCCUCCGCGAGGGCCUGCCCCUGCGCUCGGGCAAGGAGCGCGACGCCUACCUCGACUGGGCCGUCAAGGCCUUCCGCCUCUCGACCUCGGGCGUCGAGGACGCCACCCAGAUCCACUCCCACUUCUGCUACUCCGAGUUCCAGGACUUCUUCCACGCCAUCGCCGCCCUCGACGCCGACGUGCUGUCCAUCGAGAACAGCAAGUCGGACGCCAAGCUCCUCCGCGUCUUCGUCGACUCGGCCUACCCCCGCCACAUCGGCCCCGGCGUCUACGACAUCCACUCGCCCCGCGUGCCGAGCGAGCAGGAGAUCAAGGACCGCAUCGAGGAGAUGCUCCAGUACCUCAAGCCCGAGCAGCUCUGGAUCGACCCCGACUGCGGCCUGAAGACGCGCCAGUGGAAGGAGACCAAGGAGGCCCUGACCAACAUGGUCAACGCGGCCAAGUUCUACCGCGCCAAGUACGCCAAGUGA